GAGGGAGCAGGGAAAGAUUAAAUGGAGCCAAGAUUAUUUCAUGUUUUUGCCGACUAGAUCUUUAAUUUGCCAUGAUCUUGUUGAAAGCCAAAGUGGAAGAGAAAACUUUUCAAAGGCAGCAUGAAUCACUAAGCAGCAAGACUAUAACACAGUGUACGGACAGCUCUACUCAGAAAACUAUACAAAGUUAUUAACUUCUCAGUUUAAGCAUUAUGACCAAGGAAGAAUCUUACAGGGAAGAAUUUAAUUAUGACAGGAUGCCAACUUUGGAGCGUGGAAAACCAGAGAAUGGAAAUUAUGUUCCAGAUAUUAAAUCAAGUGACCUUCAGCUAUCAAAGAGGCUUCAUCCUUGUUUUAGUUAUAGAACAUGGAUCUACUCUUUGCUGAUGGGGACUUGCAUACUUGUUACCUCUGGAUUUUCACUUUAUUUGGGGAAUGUUUUUCCAUCUGAAAUGGAUUACUUGCGCUGUGCAGCAGGUUCAUGUAUUCCCUCAGCAGCUGUGAGUUUUGCAAUAGCUAGAAACAAAGUUAAUGUGAUACCCAAUUUUCAGAUACUAUUUGUUUCUACAUUUGCGAUUACAACAACAUGUUUAGUUUGGUUUGGAUGCAAACUUGUCCUGAACCCUACAGCAAUAAAUAUAAAUUUCAACUUGAUUCUCCUAAUUCUACUGGAAAUGUUCAUGGCAACUACUGUAAUCAUUUCAGCUAGGUCUAAUGAGGAAUGCUGCAGGAGGAAGAAAACAACUGUGUAUGAUAGUACCAGCACAUUGAAUAAUGUCAGCUUUCCAACACGGAUCCUAAGAUCCUAUUCAGUAAUUGAAGUGAUUAUUGGAAUUUCUGCUGUGUUCGGUGGAAUAAUCGCUUUGAAUAUGGAUGUGUUAGUCUCAGGCCCAUAUCUUUCAGUAACUUUCUUUUGGAUCUUAGUGGCUUGUUUUCCCAGUGCCAUUGCAAGUCACGUUGCUGCUGAAUAUCCAAGUAAAUGCUUGGUAGAAGUUCUGAUUGCCAUAAGCAGUGUUACAUCUCCAUUAUUAUUCACAGCUUCAGGAUAUUUGUCCUUCAGUGUAAUGCGCAUAGUUGACAUCUUUAAAAACUACCCACCAACGGUUAAACAGUCUUAUGAUGUGCUCCUCCUGCUUCUAAUGCUGAUGCUGUUAGUUCAAGCUUUCCUGACCACUGGCACUGUCAUAUUGUGUGUAAACUUCAAAGCAAAAAUGAAAAUGCAUGACUCAAUGUGGUCUGUGCCACAAAUAAACAAGCAAGAGUACAAAACAACGGAGGUUUCCAAUAACAGCAUGAAGGAUUUUGAUAAAGAGAAGGCGUGGAAAGCUGUUGUAGUGCAGAUGGCCCAGUAAUCUGGAUUUAAGAAACUGAACUGGGAAAACUGUUGGCGUUAGGGCAUAUUAACCUUUGCAUUUGCAAGUACUAUGGUAAUAGUCACAAAGCAACUUAUUUCAUCGCAGCACCAUUAACCACUUGUUUCAAUAGGGUGUGCAUUUGAUUUUCAUUUAUUAACUUCUUAAUUGUUGUGUUUUAUUCGCAAAGAGACUUUAAAGCAGCGACUUUGUUAAUCAGAAAUUAAGACCAUCUGAACAGUUACAUAUGUAACUGUGUGGUAGGUCUUGUUUAUUACAAGAGACUAAUAUAAUUGCUGGUGUUCAGUUGAUGUAACAGUUUAAGCAUUUUUGUAAAAUUAUACAUAUGAAUUAUUCAUGCUUUUGCCUAAGAACAUCAUUUUUGUAGGAGUUGCAAAGCUCUUAAGAAUUUCUUAUUACUUUUAUAUAAAAUAAAAGUCUUUAUC